AUGUCACCACCUCCCUUGUGCAGAUUCUUGAAAAUCCGGGCUUUCCUGUUCUUUCUCCUGGUCACUUUAUCUUGCUCCCUCUCAUUCAAAAUCGCCCAUAUCGAUCAAAAGGACGCAAACAAGCAAAUCGAAGUCGCCGGGCACGCAUACAUCACGGACCAGGGCAUCCAACUCACACCAUAUGACCGCAACCGGGCUUUAAACGGCAAAGCCGGCCGAGCAAAGUAUGCAGAGCCACUGCACCUAUGGGACAAAGCCACUGGAAAUUUAGCUGAUUUUUCAACCCAUUUCACCUUCAACAUCGACUCAGAUGGAAACAGUAGCUAUGCCGAUGGAUUAGCCUUCUUCCUGGCGAAUUUCACCACCCAAUUCAAUGAAUCCAUAAUCCCUGGCGGCUCAGGCCUUGGCCUUAUGGAUCCAACGCUGAUAAAAAGCUCAGAUCAAGAGCGUUUCGUGGCCGUGGCGUUUGAUACCUACUCAAACCAGAAGGAUAUCCCCAUGAAAAAUGUGAGUAUCAAUGUCGAAUCUAUGCGGGUUUCUGCUAUUAGCACAGCAUGGAUAAACAACAUUACACAGGGGAAGGACAACAAUGCUUCCAUUACUUAUAAUGCCACUUCCAAGAUUCUCCCGGUUUUUUUCACAGGGUUUUCCAAUGGUCAUUACCAGACAGGUAGCCUUAGCCAUGAGAUUGAUCUGAGAGAUUACUUGCCCGAAUUCGUUAGCAUUGGCUUCUCGGGCGCAACAGGAAUGUUCUUCGAGAAAAACACUGUCAGCUCAUGGCAGUUCAAUUCCACUCUACUCAGCUCAAACUCGGCCAAUAAUGUUUCUGUAUGGCCCGCUACCCAAAACCAUACUAUUAGUAGUUUAGUAAAUCAAGAAGGAAAGAACAAGAAGAAAGAUCUAGAGAUAGCAGGAUUCUGUAUUGCUGUUCUCACUUUAUUUGCUGUGCUGUCUCUUGUCAUAUAUAAAUGUUUCAAGAAGAUAAAGACAGCAAAAGGGGAUGAUAAUCCGAAUACUAAUGGUCGGGCAAUGGGCGAUACUCAUCAGAGUAGUCUUGUUGGGGAAAUGGACGGUGUGUUUCAAAAGGCUGGCACUGGAGCUAAGAAGUUCUCAUACAGUGAAUUGGCAACUGCAACUAACAGCUUCUCAGAGGAGCAGAAGCUUGGAGAAGGGGGAUUUGGUGGGGUUUAUUUAGGGUUCUUGAGGGACUUGAAUUUGGAGGUGGCUGUGAAGAGAGUAUCUAGCCAGUCUAAACAGGGGAUUGAGCAAUACGCGUCAGAAGUGAAGAUCAUCAGCCGAUUGAGACAUAGAAAUUUAGUGCCACUUCACGGUUGGUGCCACGAGAAAGGGGAGCUGUUGCUUGUUUAUGAAUACAUGCCAGGAGGCAGCUUAGACUCCCAUCUCUUCAAGAGAAAGUCACCUUUGAAUUGGAAGCUCAGGUAUAGAAUUGCACAAGGCUUGGCCUCUGCUUUGUCCUAUCUGCAUGAAGAAUGGGAACAAUGUGUUUUGCAUAGGGAUAUUAAGUCCAGUAAUGUCCUGUUAGAUUCGAGCUUCAAUGCUAGACUUGGUGAUUUCGGGUUGGCCUCACUAAUUGACCAUGAAAAAGCACCUGAAAAAACCUAUAUGGGAGGGACACCAGGGUACGUAUGA